UCCGCAAACGAAAACAACAAUAAUGAGGAACUCGCUCGAUACCGAAUUAUUGAACGACUAAACAUGUUUUCAAAGCACACAACCCUUUACUUACGAAUCUCAGAAGCAAAGAACUUGCUGUCGAAAGACCUAAAUGGCAAAAGUGAUCCUUAUUGUGUGUUAAAAGUUGAUAAUGAAGUCAUAGCCAGGACAGUGACGGUAUACAAGAGCUUGGAGCCUCUGUGGGGGGAGGAAUUCACCCUUCACAUGCCCUGUGGCUUCCGUGACCUUGCAAUCUACGUCUACGAUGAGGACAGAGUCAGUGGCGAUGACAUCAUCGGCACAAUCUCCAUCACGAAGCAGAUGAUCCACGAGCAGAAGACGUCUAACGGACUAGAAAGAUGGUUCCCCCUUCUGAAGGCGAACAAGGACCUGGAAAUUCAAGGGGAAAUACUCCUAGAAUACGGAAUACGAUCCUCCGAGAACAUGUCCAGCAGUCAUCUGGUUCUCACUGUGGUGGAGGGCAGAGACUUAGCUCCAAAAGACAAGACUGGUUACUCCGAUCCAUACAUCACCAUUGAAUGCCUUGACCAAAGUAAAACUACCUCAAGUCAGAAGAAGACUAGAUUCCCUGAAUGGCAUGAGACUUUCACCUUCCUGCUUCCGUCAGCAGAUGUUGACUUCACAGUUACGAUCACCGUCAUGGACAAAGAUCGUAUUCGCAGUGAUGACUUCAUGGGAAGGAUCCAUCUCCGAGCGGAUGACAUUCCCGAGGGCAGUACCACCAGGAAGUGGCACUCAGUAGCUCACAAAACCCUCACAGCAACCGAGAUACGCAGAUGCAGUAAAAUCGAUCGUGGGAAGUUGCGUCUGAAGCUGCAGCUGUUGGAGGAGCUGGUGCUGCCCUCGUCCUGCUACAACCCCAUCACAGAUCUACUGUUCCAGGCCAUUAAACUAGAGAACUACGACCUAGGCAUGUACAUAUGGCCGACUCUGGCCAAGAACAGGACUCUAGAACUCAGCGAGGUCGCGGGAUCACUCAUUCGGUUCUCACUGAGCCAUGAUGUAGUGGUCGACUUCCUCGACCGAGUGACGCGCAUGGAUGUGGAGGGCACAGCCAAUCCAAACACCCUGUUCAGAGGGAACACUCUAGCUACCAAGUCCAUGGACCAGUUUAUGAAGAUUGUAGGAAUGCCAUACCUCCAUCACACUCUGUCCAAUGAGAUUGACCGGAUCUUCAGUGAGAAGAAGGCUGUGGAACUGGACCCUCAUCGGGUCAACAGUGUCAGAAGACGACAUAGUAUUCACCGCGAGUCGGAGGAGAACAUCCUCCAGUCUAGUCAGGAGGUGCUGGAGGGCUACAUGGGGGACAUCAUGGAGCGCAUCAUCCACUCCGCCCGUGACUGCCCCCACAUCAUGAGGGUGGUGUUCCGCAACCUUCAGAUGACCGUCAGGAAGAAGUGGCCGGAGACGGAAUACGAGGACAUUCCGUACCUGGCUGUGAGCGGCUUCCUUUUCCUCCGGUUCUUUGCUCCGGCCAUCUUGUCCCCAAAGUUGUUUUCCCUCCACCCUGUACACGCCAACAGGAAGAUCAGUCGAACCCUCACCCUGCUGGCAAAGCUGACCCAGAGCAUGGGGAACCUGAACGUUCAGGGCAAGGAGGCAUGGCUGGAGCCCCUAGCACCACUUAUACAUAACUAUGUUGGCUGUGUCAGAGAGUUCAUUGACGACCUGGUCACAGUAUUUGAUUCUGACAAGAACCACCGAUGUUCAGGUCUGUCCCCAACCCACCAGAAGGAUGAAGUGAUACUGAGGCACGGGGUGCUACUGAAGUGCCGCUACAAGACCAAGUCCUGGCUGCGACCCCUUGUCUUCAAGAAGUGCAAUUUCUGGCUCACUCGAUCCACCUUAUCUUACACAAAGUCACAGUCAGAAGAGGCAAGGAAGGUGAUCCCCGUGUCCCAGGUGUGUGCGGUAGAGAAGCUGGACUAUGGAGCCCUAAGCAAGUCCAACAUGGGUCAGAUCCUCAUCCGCGACCCCGAGGACACCAACAACGUGGACUACGGCAUCCUCUACUUUCAGGCCAAGGAUGUGAAUGAGCUUACCUCCUGGAUGUCGGCCAUCAGGAAGACAUGCCAGUUUAACCAGUGCCGUGUUGAAGCCUACCAUCCCGGGGUGUAUAAGGGGGACAAGUGGAGCUGCUGUCACAGGCUAUUACCUACAGCCACUGGGUGCAGUCAGACGUAUCAUGGCGUGAUGCUGGGAGACUGGCAGGACCCUCUGGACCCAAGGCUGGAGACGCAGAUCAUCUUCUCACAACUCCUCAACAGCAGGGACAACCUCAGGAAGGAGCAGAUCGAGCUUCAGCUGGAAUUGACCAGACGGGGAGCAGAGGGCUCUGUGGGUUGUGUUACCAGCCAAGGUCAACCCAUAGACAAGAAGCUGAAAACUAUUGGUCAAAUCCUGGACGUCAUUGAACAGCUGACAAUGUCUCAUGAGACAUUCCGUGAAAUGCCUGAGCUCCAUCACUAGGAGUGUGGAGACACGUCCAGAUGAGUCUCGCCCCUGAAACAUGUCAAUAUAACAGCAGCAUUCCUGCACAACUGUGACAUACAUCAGACAUAUCAAAACAGGUUUUCAAUGCCAAGAAUACAAUUGUAUGUAUGAACAUGUCAAUAAUACUACUGUGAAACAUGAUCUGAUGAUAAUUGUAUCCAUGGCACAUGUCCCUCUAACAGUUGUAUUCCUGAUUCACCUCCCAGCAACAAUUGUAUUUCUAAUAUCUAUCAAAACAAUAGUUGUAUUCCUUUAAUGUCAAAACAUCACUGACACAAUGGCUCUAGUUAAAAAAGAUAUCAUAAAAACAAAUUGAGAAUGAAAUUGUCAAAGCGAUGUUACUCCUCAAUAUUACACAUAAAUGCCAAUGUCACUAGGGCAAUAGCAAUUUACCAAAGCUUCAUCACCAGGAAAUCUGUAAUUGACAAGAGUUUCUUCACAAGGACAAGCUCUGGUGAACUACAGCGUGUUCAACAGAACAAGUUCUGAUGGACCACAGCUUCAUUAAUAGAACAUGUUCAAGUGGACCACAGCUUCCUCCCCAUGGUCAAGCUCAGAAGGAAAACAGCUCCAUUACUAGGACAAGCUCAGAUGUACCAGUGCUUGAUGAAUAGAACAAGUUCUGAACGUAACAUAUGUUA